AUGGCAUUUUUAAAGAAAUUUUUUGGCUAAAAAACCGAUUCUCAAAGUUCUCUAUAUAAGACUAACCUAAAUGAAAUUUAUAAUAAAUCGCCAUUUCAAAAAAAAUAAAUUACCUCAACUAUCCAAGAUUAAAAAAAAUUAGAGCAAUUUGAACUUGUACUUGAAUAGCAAAUAAUUGAUUUGGAAGCUCUUAAAAAACUCACUUGGAGAGGAAUACCUAAUGAAUAUAGAGCAAAAGUAUGGAAACUGAUAGUAAAGUACAUUCCUCCCAAUCACAUGAGUCAGACAACUAUUUUGUAAAAGAAAAGAUAAGAUUAUUAACAAUACAUUAAGAAUUACUACUAACAUAUGAACGAGCAAGAAAGGGAUGAAAACGAGAGGAAAAUCAUAAAGAUCAUAUAAAAUGAUGUAUUGAGAACUCAGCCCGAUUAUAAGCUUUUCAGAGAUCCAAGGAUACAAGAGAUGUUUAAGAGGCUGUUGUUUAUAUGGAAUAUGCGACAUCCAAUGAGUGGUUAUGUUUAGGGCAUAAAUGAUGUGGCAUCUCCUUUAGUUGUAGUAUUCUUGAAUGAAUAUGUUCCAAUAGAUUUCAGUUCUUUUGAUGUUCCUUCUAAUUUUGACAAAUUACCAGAAGACAUCUUGAUUGAUAUUGAAGCUGAUAUCUAUUGGUGUCUCUGCAAAAUAAUCGAAAAUAUUUAAGAUUAUUUCACUGCUAAUCAACCAGGAGUUUAGGAAGCAUAUGUAAAAAUCAGGGAAUUGAUCAAAAUAGUAAGAAUCUUGAAUAAUAUUAAGCUCGAUUUUCCCUUAUUUCAAUAUUUUGAAGAUCAGUAAAUAGACUUGAAUCACUUCGCCUUUAGAUGGGUGUUAUGCCUAUUAAUAAGAGAGUUCCCUUUAUCUUUAACCAUCAGAUUAUUGGAUACAUAUUUGGCUGAAGGAGAUGAGAUGGCCAAUUUACAUGUGUAUACUGUAACAAACUUAAUUCUGAAAUGUGCACCUGAAAUCAAAUCAAAGAAUAUGAGUGAAGCAGUCAUAUUUUUAUAGAAUUUACCCACUAAAGAAUGGACAGAAGUACAGCUUGAAAUGCUGUUGUAAGAAGCAUUUGUUUUUCAGGAUCAUUUCGAAAAAACAAAGGGUCAUUUAAAAUUAAAUUAAGGCAAUACAAAUAGAAGUAGCAUUCUCUGA